AUGGGCACGGCGCGGAGCCGCGCGCUCUCGCGGGAGCUGCUGGAGGAGCUGCAGGCGAGCACGCGCUACUCGGAGGAGGAGCUGCGCUCGUGGCACGAGCGCUUCCGGCGGCAGUGCCCGGAUGGGCGCAUCUCUCGCGAGGACUUCGAGCGCCUCUACGGGACCUUCUUCCCCUGCUCGGAGGCGCAGGGCUACGCGCGUCACGUGUUCCGCAGCCUGGACGCCAACGGCGACGGCAGCCUGGACUUCCGGGAGUACGUGCUCGCGCUCCACCUGACGGCGCCCGGGCGCGCGCGCCUCAAGCUCGAGUGGGCGUUCUCGCUCUUCGACGUGGACCGGAACGGGGAGGUCAGCAAGGGGGAGGUGCUCGAGAUCGUCACGGCCAUUUUCAAGCUCAUCCCCCCCGAGGAGCAGAAGUCUCUGCCCGAGGACGAGAACAGCCCCCAGAAACGGGCGGACAAACUCUGGGCCUACUUCAAGAAGGGCGACAACGACAAGAUCGCCGAGGGGGAGUUCAUCGAUGGGGUCAUGAACAACGAUGACAUCAUGCGCCUCAUCCAAUACGAGCCCAAGAAAUAGGGGGCGGGGCACCCCAAACCCCGCC